AUGAAGUACACCAUCACCUCGCUCUUCAUCGCCGGCUUCGCCGCCCUGGCCUCUGCUACCGAGAACGCCUUCAUCAUUCCUACCGAUGGCUUCGCUCCCGUUGCCGGCAAGGACAUCCAGCUCCAGUGGGACGCCACUGCUGGCAAGACGGUCACGCUCGUGCUCCGCUCCGGUGCCAGCAGCGACCUGAAGGAGGGUAGCGCCAUUGCUGAGAAGAUUGACAACACCGGCUCCUACACCUGGUCCGUCCCCAAGGACGUCGUCCGCGGCUCCGACUACACCAUCGAGAUCAUCAACGACGACGACCCGACCGAGACCAACUACUUCCCCUACUUCGUCAUCGACUCGACCGUCACCGUCGCCUCCACCACCAGCACCUUCACCUACGGCGCCGCCACCACCACCCCCUCGGCCACCUCGGUCAAGUCCUCUUCUUCCACCAAGUCCUCCGACGAUGAGUCGUCCUCCACCAUGGCCACCUCCACCAAGUCGUCUUCGGCUUCGGCCAGCGCCUCAGCCUCGGCCUCGGCCUCCGGCUCCAAGUCCAGCUCGUCUUCGACCGCUUCCCGUACCUCGUCGUCGUCGAGCUCAAGCACGAGCGAGGCGUCUACCGGCACCGCCCCUACCAGCGGUGCUGCCGCUAACCGCGUCAUCGGCGGCGGUGUCGCCCUGAUGGUCGCCGCCUGCGCCUUCUUCGUCUUGUAA